AAAUCCCACGCAGUCAUCCAGUGAAACACCAAAACAUCGUCGUAGUUGAACGUGUCACGACUCACGAGUGCUUUUGGUAUCGGUCACCAAAUUAGUACUCUCAAGUUAGCUGGCAAGAUGUGCUGGCAAGAUGUGCUGGCAUACUAGUAUUGCAGGUAUGCAUGCACAACCACGUAAAUGAUCAUCGUGGCCCCGUAUCACACCAGUCACAAACAAUGCGUUCCUCCUCUGCAAUCGUCCUCGCCGUUAUUACUGCUUUAACAUCAUCGAUCUCUGCCGUGCCCGCUCAGAACCCAGCAGGCGCCGCUUAUUGUGGCGUGCCUUGCUCCGUUAAUUCAGAUUGCACAACUGCCUGCCCCGGCUACAAGCUAUGCCUCAAUGAAAACUGCGUUCAAGGCCAUUAAAUGAUCGUCGAUCGAUACACCGUCAGAAGGUUGGUUUCCUAGUGUCGAGAGUGAUUAGUAGUGUAGCAGAAACGUGACGGAAUGAAAAGGUGUGCCAG